AUGGCGGCAUGGGGCUGGCCGCGCUCGUACAACGGUUACUGGUCCUGCAGCUGUGGCGUGGCGGACAACUAUGUUACGCGCAAGAAGUGUCGGGGGUGUGGGGCCCGGGCGCAACGCAAAGGACCGACGUACAAGGACGUCAAAGGACCGACGUACAAGGGCGUGUUGUUGGGCCCGACGAAGCGAGAGGUUGCGCUCCAGAAGCAGAUGGACACCAUGCGGGCACAGCUUCAGGACUUCAAGAAGCAGCAGCACGCCACCCACGAGGAUGAAGACGACGAGAAGCCCGUGGACCUGGAUAAGCUCUUCAGGUGGGAUCAAUCGUGCAGAUCCGAGUGGGGAGACCAGUCCAUUGAGUACCAGCAAGCGCAUGAGCGCUACAUGCGGGCCAGGGACGCCAAGCAAAGCACGAAACCGCACUCGGUCCAGCUCACCAAGGCACGGGCUGCCAGGGAGAAUCUCGAGAAGGAGGAGGCGGCCAUCUAUGGCGAGGUCAAGCGGCAUCAGAAGGCAAUGCAGGAGGCGCAGGAGAAGCUCGCCAAGAAAAGGGAGCAGCUCGAGGUCGCAAAGGCCAAGGAGUCGGAGCUCAAGGUGCAGGACGUCUCCAUCAAGGGUAAAGGCUUCCUCACGGCGAUGCAGAAGCAGCACGAAGGGGCCGUCGGAGGAAGCGGCAUCAGCAAAGAGGAGCACGAGCACGUGUUCGCAGCACUCGCCAGGGUGCUGGACAACGUCAGGGAGGAGCCCAAGGAAGACAAGGACGGCAUGGACACUGAAGAGGCUGGUGAUGCUCCUGCUGAGGUGGGCAAGCAGGACGCGAGCAGGGACCUCAGCUGUCGCCAGAAGAACAAGAGUGGCUACAUGCAGAACAAGUUCGAGAGCCUCACCCUGUGGACGUUCAACGGCUCGGGGUGGGGUACCAUCAAAGAGAGGUGCUACGCAGUGCAAGAGCAUCGCCUCACGGGCGACAAGAUCGCGGUCGUGCCGCAGAGCAUGAAGGCGAAGGGGUACCAGUUCGGCGGGGUCGCAGCGAACCCGACGAUAGGUCCAGGUGGAGAAGCAGGCACCUCGGCGGGCGUGGCGGUUGCGGCGCCCAGGUGCAUCGGCAUGACGUACAUGUUUGGCAAGGAGAAGUGGGAUUUGUCACCGCGAAACAGCCCAGGGAGGGCCGCAGCGGCAUGGCUAUCGGUCGGCAAGGGCAUCAUCUACGCGGCGGUAUACUUGUGGACGGCAGAGGGGAUGUCGUUCAGGAACACGGAGAUCAUCAACAAGGUGAUAGGCCAGUUGGAGGCGCCCGGCGUGCCGUGGAUAAUCGGGGGCGAUUUCCAAGGGGCGCCUGAAAAGAUGACGGAGGUGGAGAGCGUCAAGAUGGCCAAGGCGCGGGUAGUCGCGUCAGGGGCCAGUUGUGGUACGUGCAGACAUGCGUACGGCGUGAGCGAGAUCGACUACUUCAUCGUGGCGGACAGCCUCGUCAACCAGGUGAUGUACGUCAGAGUGCAGGAGGAGUGGCCGUCGGCGCCCCACAAGCCAGUGGGGCUAACACUCAGGCUCAAGGCGCAGGAGCGAAUGGUCAGGGUUUUGGAGAAGCCAAAGAAGCUGCCAGAGCUGGGCAUCGAACGCACCCCAGCGCCGCCGCAGUAUCAAGAGAUCGCGAGCUUCAGGUCGCAGGAGGUGGCCAACCAGGAGUGGAGGCAGUACAUGCAGACGUUGGAGCAGGAGGCCUUCGCAGCACGAGGACUCGAAUGGGCACCCGACCACCCUGCAGCAGGGCGGGCCGAGGAGCCGACACGGAGGAUCAAGCCGCUAAGUUUCGGUGGUGCCAACGCGCCGACAGCCGCCAGGGAAGCAGUUUGGUGGAGGUGGCUCGCGAGGACGCUACAGAGCUUGCAAGGGGCAUGCGCGAGGCUCAAGCUGGCGAGAACUGGCGACAUUCAGAGGCGCCGACAGGAGGAGGCAAUCGCGCAGGAGCACCAGUUCAUCAUCACGCACCAGAGGACCAAGCACGUCAACGCAAAGGAGCAGGGGAGGUGGCAGGCCAGGUGCGGACUGCUGGCCGCUGGGCUACUCCGAGGAGCGCAGCAGGAAGUGAAGCUGCAGCAAUGGAUGCAGGAGAGCCAGGGCAAGAUGAAGGAGUACGACCAGAAGCUGCUCAAGGAGAGGCGAGCACGCUGGGCAGACAGGUUGCAGGAGGCGGCAGCAGGAGCAGCGGGUGGUUUACACAAGUUGAUCAAGGCUGCACCAGUAUGGAGACCACGCAGGGCAGGCUCCAUGGAGGACUCGGCGGGCCCCGUCGAGGCAGUUGAGUACACCCUCAAGGAGUGGAACGUGGUCUGGAGGGUCGGCGAACAGAUCCAGAAGGCGGAGCGGCCGUGGGAGCGCGAAGAACGUGACAAGCUCAGCCCUUCACAGACCAGGACGAAAAAGACGGGGGUUGGAGUCGACAGGUGGCACCCCUCUAUGUUGCAGGGUGCGUCGGACGAGGCCUACGUCAAGCUGUUGGGCUUAUACGUGGAGGUGGAGCGGACGCUGCGCUGGCCCAUCCACAUGGGCACUGUGCUAUUCUUCAUGAUCCCGAAGACCUACACCACGGACAGGGUCAUCGGGCUUCUGCCCACUGCCAUCAGAGUGUGGGAGAUUAUGCGAGAGCCGUACAUGGUCGAGUGGGCCAAGAAGAACUAUCGGAGUUGGGAUUGCACGAGCUACGGCAAGGCGGCGGGGGACGCGCCCUGGGAGGUGUUGUUCAGCCAUGAGAUGGGCGAUGUCGAGGAGCAGAGCGAGGAGACGCAGGCGACGGUAACGGCCGUUCUGGACUUGGUAAAGGCUUUCGAGAAGGUCAGCUUGCACGUGUUGUGGGAAGCGGGAAAGCAGCUCAAUUUCAACACAGGGGUGCUAGCUGUGGUGUGCUCAUACUUCGCCAUGACCAGGCGCCUCAUCGUAGGGGACUCGGUGUCCAGUGAGACCGAGACGGUCACCACCAUCACUGCGGGUAGCAAGUUCUCGGUAUGCUUCCUGAAGAUGGUCAUUCAGGCCACGGCGGAUGGCCUGGUGGCCGAAAGACCGAGGGCGCGCUGGAGGAUGUACGUGGACGACCUGUGCGUGCGGCUGCGACAGCAGCAUAGGCACAUAGUCACGGAGUUCGGAGAGACGAUUGACAGCUGCUUCCGAGGCUUCGAGAAGCUGGGCUUGAAGUUCUCCGUGGACAGCAAGGGCAAAGGUGCAGUGAUGGCGAGCACCACGUGGGCGCGAAGGGCAGUGACAGGGCCGAUGCAGGAGCGAGGUUUGCCAGUGGUGAGGGCAUGUCCAUAUUUGGGGGUCGACAUCGUCACGCACGGCACGGCGGUGAAGACCAAGAGCGGCAAGAGGCACGUUGUCAUGAAGGUCAGGAGUCGUAGGCUGCUCGCUCUAAAGGGCGGGCGAAACAUGACCAGGGGUAUUGGCUUGGUGUACAAGUGUGGCCUGAAGCGCUCGGUUAUGUAUGGAUGCAAGUGCUUGGGCAUGCCAGACCAUCAGCUCCGACAGCUACGGCGAGAGGCAGGGCGACUGCUACCAGAGGGACGAGGAGCCCGCAGCCUCACCUUGCAGCUGGCAGUUGCGCAGGAGGAGCCUACAUACGAGGUCACAGAGGCGCCCAUAGUGAGGUGGGCGCGGGCACUAUGGCAUGGCGCACACGGCGAGGACGGAGGAGGUCAAUGGGACAACAUAGCCACUAUGUUGCAGUGGGCAUGGGGGCGGCAGCAGCAGGAGGUCGGCAUGACGCCUGCUUGGGCCCGAGAGGGUUUCGUGUUGAACAUGCAGCAGGUGUGCCCCAUGGACAUCGCGGCGAUGGUGCGCAAGGACGUGCAGGCAACCCUCUGGGAGGAAUGGACGCAGGCGGAGGAGUCCAAGAGCCUGAGCCCAAUGCCGUUGUUGGCGCCAGCUGUCGCGCAGCUACGAGCACGUGGCUUCCCGAAGCACGCGAGGAAUGCGGCGAAAAAGGUAUUCGUCGGAGGUGCGUGGACUAUGGAGAAGCUGUGCAGGUGCAAUAUCGUACCCACGGACAUUUGCUUGGCCUGUGGAGAGGCGGUGGGCACCGAUCAUCAUCGGUAUUACAAGUGCCACGCGCUCAGGGGCCAGCGGCUGCAGGCGCAGGCGGACUGGCAUCACGUGGCGGAGCAGCAGGACACCAACAUGCCGUGGACGCGCGGGCUGGUGAGGUCGCCAGAGGCGGACUGGAAGUUCGUGGGUAUCGAGGAGGACCAGUACUACGGACAAGUGGUCGACGGUGAGGAGGACUACUGCACAGGCGACAUCGUCUGCGACGGCUCGAAGCUCGGAUACAGCGACUGGGCGCAGACGGGCUGGGCAGCGAUGUCCCUCAACGACAACGGCACCGCGAAGAUGCAGAUGUGGGGUCCGCUGCCGUGCUCGCUACCGAUCCACAGGAGGGUUAAGAGAGCCGAGAUGUGGGCCUUCCUCAAGGUGAUGGAGCGAAUGCUGUCGCCAGGACGAGUCUAUACAGACCACAAGGGCAUCGUGGAAGGCUUGCAGAGAGGAGAGCUGUGGUGCACGAGCUGGAAGCGCCCACACGCAGACCUGUGGCGAAGGAUCUGGCAUAAGGUGAAGGACCUGGACCUUGAUAUUCAUUGCGUGAAGCACGUGAAGGCCCACAGGUCCAAGAGCAGGAUCGGGCAGCUUGAGGGUGAGGACCUGAAGAUUGCGAAGGGCAGCAGCGAGGAGGACCUGCUGGCAAAGGCGGGCGCGGAGAUGGAUGUACACUACGGCAAGCACCAAGCGCUGGAGGACCUCGCAGGGCGAGUACGUUGGGCGCUGCAGAACAUUGGUUGGUGGUACCAAAAGAUGGGCGGUACGUGGCCAGACGUGCCGCCCAAAGAGAAAGGUGUGCCGAAGCGAAGAGUGCCGAAGCCGAUGCUGACCCUGACCGAGCACGACGUCGUGGAGACGGGCGGUUGGCAGGUGUGCAUGAGGUGUGGCUUUCGUGCGGCAUCCAAUCGCAUGCGCCUGAAGAUGUGGCAAGCGGAAUGCGCACGACCAUUCUGGCAGGCAACAGGCACGAGCAGUGCGGGAACAGGCAGCUCGCUGGAGGCCAGCGUGGCCAUCGCAGCGGGGCUUGAGGAGCAGCUCCAGAAGCUGCCGAGGGGGGCGUUCAAGUAUGUGAGCAUGGUGAACGUGACGUCCGAGCUGGAGGGCAACCAUCUGGGCCAGGCCAAUCAGGCCUGA